ACUUGUUUGAAUAUUACCUUGAUGUCGUCUCCUUUUUUGCCCCAGGAGAUUCCAUUCCUUCCGUUCCACAGGGGUCCAAACCUUUACAUCUAUUGCCCAAACCACAAAAGUCCAUUAUGGUUGUUGGACUGGAGAUAAAUGUUAGCAAAGUCUCCUCACAGUUACGAGUUGCAAGGCCUCCAGUUGAAGCAUGA